AUGUCUACUGCAAAGGAAAAGCAGAAUGUCCAGUCUGUUGGCUCCGGACCACAAGUCAAUAUCCACUACUCAGCCCCUGGUUUCGCAGUACUCGAUCCAGAUACCAUCAAGACAAUGGCGAACCCCAGCAAUACCAUAUUCAGCUGGGGCGGCGUACAGAUAGUGAAGAUAUCUCCUGAAGUUGCUGUCAAAUUUGGCUCUCAUGUCACAUUACACGAGGCUGAAAAUCGAGAUGUUGAUGACUAUGGGAGUCUUUAUGAUAAUUAUAUCUUCAUGAGUUAUGUGGAGGGUCAGAGGCUGGAUAAGGCCUGGGACACUUAUAAUAGUGUGACGAAAGGUCGAAUUGCCGGCCAGUUGAAAGGGUAUCUCGAUGGGCUUCGCCAGGUUGAGCACAGGAAUUACAUAGGCUCUGUUGAUCGUGGGCCUCUUCGUGAUUCAAUUCUAGGAGACCUUGAGUACAAGGGACCCUUUGAUUCGGAAGAUGAUUUUAUGCAAUUAUCAAUGCGUAUCAAGACACGACACCAAAACGUCAUGUCAAGAAUGUCCUGUUACCUGAAAAACUGCAAUGAGACUAAUGGACAGAAGCUGCAUGCGAUCGUCCCGUCACACUGCGAUCACCUCCCCAUCGGCCCCUCUGAGUCGAUCUCUAAGCGCCCUGCCCGGAUAGCGCCCGUCGCUCCCCCUCUUCUGCUUCCUCCUGUGCCCUCUCGUGCCCUCACCCAACCCUUGCUCGGCGCUACCAGCAGCUUCCUCUCCGCGAAUGACAGUCCAGAACUGCUCCCUGUCGCUGUGAUGUCUCUUGCAGCCCGCCUCCCUGGUCUAUCCACCCAGCCAAUCUGCUUCUUGCAAUCCUUCGCGCGCUCCCCAGUUGUAGUCUAG